AUGCCAAAAGAUAGGGAAAUCCAAGGAGCCCGCCAAAGGUUAGAAAGGCCAGUCUCCUGCCGUUUCUGCAGGUCUCGUAAGCUGCUCUGCAGCAGAGAGGCGCCAUGCUCCAACUGUGUCUCCCGCGGCAUUGUUUGCGAGCUACCAGUGAAAAAUACCGCUAUUCGGUCUGGCUCUGGGGACUUCGAGCUCCUUGAACGCAUUCGAAGGCUGGAGGAGCUUGUGGCCAAUAAUGGGAACUCAGCUCAAAACACAAAACAGACGGCUGAGACUAGUCCUGACACCCCUCAUAGCCUGCUGACCCGUACAAGCCGGUCCACUCUCUCGCCCGAUAUCGAGCACCUAGAUGAUGAUGUUGGUUGGCUGAAAAGAAUCUAUACCGUGCAGAUUGCCUCGGAUAACGCUCUCUCAAAUAAGAUCGCCUUCCGGGUUUGCCCAAUCCAGCAAAUCCCACACGCGCAAUAUUAUAUUAGCCGGAAUGGGCACCUCUCGCCUUCACGCUUCGAGCCUAUGAGAUGUGUCUGGCUUCCACAGUACGCAGAAGCUAAGAUACUUCUCCAGAAGUUUUUUGAUGACAUUGACCAUGUUCAUCAUAUAAUCCAUACCCCUUCACUUCCAGCUAUAUUGGAUGAGGUCUAUGCAUGUCUGAGCCAGCAAAGUUGGGAAGAUCCUGGGAACAUACUACUCCUUCUGGGCAUAUUUGCAAGCUCAACCCACGCCUGGGUACACCGCGAUAAUGCUCGUGGGUUGUUUCCUACGUGGCAGGAAGCCAACGCUCAGGCACAAUUAUGGGUGAAAGCGGUGGAGGAUAUGCUCGAUAUCCUCCAUCGAAUAUCAUCGGUAUCGAUAGAGGGCAUACAGGGAAUCAGCAUAACAACUUUUGCACUUUUGAACAUGGAAGGAUUCUCUCGAAGAUGCAAAUCUUUGUUUAAUAUGGCGUUUAUGCUAGCACGGGAGAUUGGGCUGCAUUCUUUAGACCAGCCGUCUAAUGCGAAUUCGGCGAACUCGGUACAAACAGAAAUCGGAAGAAGAGUAUGGUGGUUUCUUGUUGCGGCUGACUGGUAUUGCGUCCCCAAAAUCUCGCACAACAUGGUUGACCGCAGUCCUCUCGUAAUGGGCCUCACCGGCGUCCCCAACCACGACGUUCUAAUGGGUAUCGAUACCGAGCUCCAAAUACUCUUAAAUGACACUCCGCCCUUCUUCUCCAUGUCAGUAGAUGAACUGAUCGCAAAUUACUCCCUUGACCGUUCACGUGCUACAAAAAUCGCCCACCAAGGCUACUUGUUUUGUUCGCUCCUCUAUGCGCAGCGGUGCACACUUCACAUCCCAUACUUUACCCGUGGCCUCGCAGAACCUGCUUACGCCUCCUCUAGUCAAAUAUGCCUACAAUCUGCCCGCCUCGUCAUUCAAACAGAAUCACACUUGGGAAAGUCGGGCGUAUCAGCAACACGCUACAGAUUUCUCGGGUUCCUGGUCCCGGUUUUCAUGGCAAGCAUUGUACUAGUCAUACAAUUAUGUUAUCAUAAAACCUCUUCUCAUCACGCGGAAGACCGCGGAAAGCUAACUGAAGCAAUCCAAAUUCUUGAAGAGGCAAAAUACGAAUCUCAAACGGCAGCUAAAUUCCUCAACUCCCUCACACAUGUACUUCGCAAGCACGAAGUUUCACCGGCGCCAAAGCGGGCAGACAGGCUACCUAUAACGCCUGACGGUGCUGCUACUGCUACUGGUGUCCAAUCGUAUAGCGAAUUAUUACUGCCAACACCAGCUAUACUGAGGGGAGACGAGGCUACAUUGGGGGAUGAUAUGUAUGCGAAUGGUGAAGAUUUAUCGACUUAUUUUCAUGAUUUGGCACAGAGCUUUGACCAGGGAGUUGAUGUGGCAAGUUUGGAUUGGAAUAAUAUGUUUUCAGGGAUUGAUUCUUCGAUGACCUGGGUCUGA